GAAGAGGAAGCGCGGAAGGUUGCGGUUCCUCAUGGAAGAAAUGCCACUCGAGAUCGUCCUCGAAAUUUGUUCCCAUUUAGGACCUCGCGACCUACUUUGCCUCGUGAGGUCUGCAAGGGUCUUUGCGAGGUAUCUUUUAAGACCGGGUGUUGUUGCUGGGGUGUGGAAAGCGGCCCGGGAAGAGUGUGCCCCUGAGAUGCCCCCGAUCCAUUCGGAUCUCACGGAACAGAAAUAUGCCUUGUUGGGCUUUGGCUCUAAUUGCCAGAACUGCGGGACCUGUACAUCUUCGGCUACCAACUGGUAUUUACGGAAACGAUGGUGCCGUAAGUGCCGCAACCAUGUGCUUCGGUCAGACUACACUGACAUGUAUUGGCCUCUUGGUUCCUUGGAAUUCGCUCGGGAGAAUCGAAAAUACGAUGUGAU